CAUUUCUUCCUGAUUCGCACACACUGUGGCCAGCUUGUCAUCUCCUCCCUCUUGGGCUUCCCAGACACUGAGUCUGGAAUGAAAAUUCACCUGCCUCUGAGUUGGCAAUCGGUGGGGGCGGGGCAGGGGUGAUACUUGACUUCCCAGGUUGGAAGAUUAUCUCACCCAGCCCUAACUAUAUAACCAGCUGGUGUGGAGGGACUCCGCAGAGCCAACUCCAGGGGUUCAUCCACGAGAGAGGAGAACAUAGACCCACCGCUGCCAAUAUGAUGGUGCUGAGGGUAGAAGAACUGGUGACAGGCAAGAAGAACAGCAGUGGGGUUGCAGGGGAAUUCCUUCCUGGGGAGUUCAGAGCUGGCGAAUAUGAAGCUGCCAUUGCUUUGGAGAAACAAGAGGAUUUGAAGACACUUCCAGUCCACCACGUGAACCCAGAGGAGCAACAAUGGAAAAGCGAGAAACAGCGAGAGGCAGAGCUUAAAAAGAAAAAACUAGGACAAAGAUCAAAGCUUGAAAACUUAGAAGACCUUGAAAUAAUUGUUCAACUGAAGAAAAGAAAAAAAUACAAGAAAACGAAAGUUGCAGUUGUGAAGGAACCAGAACCUGAAAUUAUUGCUGAACCUGUGGAUGUGCCGAGGUUUCUCAAAGCUGCGCUGGAGAACAAACUGCCAGUUGUAGAGAAAUUCCUGUCCGACAAGAACAGCCCUGAUGUCUGCGAUGAGUAUAAACGGACCGCUCUCCAUAGAGCAUGCCUAGAAGGACACUUGGCAAUUGUGGAAAAGUUAAUGGAGGCUGGAGCCCAGAUUGAAUUCCGUGAUAUGCUUGAAUCCACGGCCAUCCACUGGGCAUGUCGUGGAGGAAACCUGGACGUCCUGAAACUGUUGUUGAACAAAGGCGCCAAAAUUAAUGCACGAGACAAGCUGCUCAGCACAGCGCUGCAUGUGGCGGUGAGGACUGGUCACUACGAAUGCGCAGAGCACCUCAUCGCCUGCGAGGCAGAUCUCAAUGCCAAGGACAGGGAAGGAGAUACCCCACUGCACGAUGCUGUGAGGCUGAAUCGCUAUAAGAUGAUUCGGCUCUUAAUGACCUUCGGGGCGGACCUCAACGUCAAGAACUGUGCUGGGAAGACCCCCAUGGACCUGGUCCUGCACUGGCAGAAUGGAACCAAAGCAAUAUUCAACAGCCUCAAAGAGAAUGGCUACAAAAGCUCUCGCAUAGCUACAUUCUAGGAAAGGGGACUGUCUACAGGAGCCGUUGACAGGCACUUCCGAAGCACUGCCUACCGCAAGAGCAAGCAACUAUGAAAUCCAGCUUUUGUCCACCGGAGGGUAGGGAGAUACCUUAAAGAUGCUGCAAGAAAGCACUGGGCUAUAGGUGUCAAAAUCUCCUUCAGUGUUGCUCAAUAUUGUAUUUAUAUUUAUUCCUAUUUAUUUAUUUAUUUCCUAACACUGGUAUUCAGGCUUUCACAAGCAUUUUUUUUUUUUUGCAGGAGGGGGGUGGGGGGAGAAGUAAAACUUAAUCUGUAUGCAGCAUUCAGCGUCUUCCCAUAGAUCUUAAACCUGUGGGUGCAUGGUGUCUAGUUGCAUACUUUUGCCCUGGGUCUCAUGGAAGCUAUUCAAGGUAGCUUUUACUGUUGAGGGUAAGAAUUGCAGCUUUCUUCUGAAUUCUUACGGCUGGUAUCUGAAUGAAGCAGCGGAAGGCAUGUGUUGAUGAGGAAAAGAAUGGAAGCAAUUCUGCAGGACAGACACCGAAGCCGGCUGUUCACCCAUAGGUUUGGUUUGAUUGGUUGUUUACCAAGCCACACGAGGUCCCGAGGUGAAGAGAGUGUGGGGAGGUGGAGGAGGGCGUGGGCAGUAGGGCCAGGAUAAACUGAGUUCCAUGAAAUAAAAGGCAGAAGGAAGGACACUGUAAAUGUGUAAAUAUAUAUUGUGUUGUAUGUAUAUUUUAUAUUCAUAAUAAAUGCAAACAAAUUCUAAA